GACAAGAUGUUUCGUACCCCCAAGUGCUCACGGUGCCGGAACCAUGGCUAUCUGGUGCCAGUCAAGGGCCAUGCGGGCAAGUGUCGCUGGAAGCAGUGCAUCUGCGAUAAGUGCUACCUGAUCACCGAGCGCCAGAAGAUCAUGGCUGCCCACAAGGUGCUCAAGACCCAAGCUGCCGAGGAGCAGGAGGUGACCACGGGCACCCAGGGGGCCCAGCUGCCUCCCGGGGCUCCGGUGGCGGCGGCCACGGCGGCCGCCUCCUCGAGCUCGAGCAUUUGCCCACUGCCCAGGGUGGCUCCGGGAGGCUCCCGGCCAGGCCCCGUGGUCACCUGCUUCCUUGAGAGGCCUCCGCCGGUCCGCAGCCCGGGUCUGAGCGCCUUCCAGCGGGUCCCAGGCGGCCGCCCGGGCCCCAGCACCUUCCAGUCUGGCCUGGGGGUUCCCGGGGGACCGCACGAUCGUCCCUCGGCGUGUCUGCCCCAGGGCAGCCCGCAGGUGCCCAGGCCCGAGCCCUAUGGCCCCGAGCAGCGCCUGCCACUGCGGCCCGUGCCCCGACUGCCGUUCACCGACUACGGGCAUCCUCUGAGAUUCAGCCCUGAUCACGUGGUGGGAACCGGGUAUCCUGAGAGAGAGCCUUUCAACCAGUGCCCUGCCUGUGUCCCCAUGCCAUCCUACCAGCCCUUCCCGCUGGAUGGCCAGGAUGCAUCCUCAGCUGUGGGGAUCCCGCAGCAUAGAAGCUUCCGUCAUGUCUCCUGUAGCCCCUACCACGGAGGCAGCUUGGUGUCGGAACCAGCCCGAGACCUCCAGCCAACCUACUGCUCACCGCCGCCACCGCCGCUCCCACCUGCACCAUCGCAGCCAGAGCAGCCCCUGAUCCUCCCACGUAACUACCUCUCUGCUCUCCACUUCCUGCCGCCGCCACCGCCGCCGCCUUCUCCACCGUCCUUCUCACUGACCAUCCUGUAUGACACAGACAAGGAGAAUACCAAUAACCAGGACGCAGAGGCAGACGUGCCCAGCCAGUCCAGCCAGCACUCCUCCCAGGAGCACUCUUCCUAGGAGCAGUCCAGCUAAACCACAGGCCACCUCAAGGGCCACUUGGGCGGGGAGGGGCAUGUAUGGCAGCGAUUAUUUUUUUUUCACUUGCGUUCGUGUUAUAUAGCGAGGAAGGGUAUGGAUAGGUGUAAAAUGGCAGCAGCUAAUUCUGAUUCCAAGGUGGGAGGAUGCGUGCGGUUUCCAAGGUUCUCUGGCUCCUGUGUGGAUGUUGAAGUGGUGUACGAGGGGAGAGAGUGUCCGGGUGGAGCAGGACCUUUGAAGAGUGGGGGCUGGUGAAACACAAGUUUAGGAAUGAAUUUAACCAUCCUGGGCCAUGCCACUUAUGAAAUUCACCUCUACAGGUGGCCUCUGAUUUCCCCAGGCCUCACGCAGGGCAGAAGGCACCAUCCAUUUCAGCCUUCUGCCCACUUUGCCUGAUCCCCGGGGCUGGGUACCACAGACAUGCACGGCGGGUGUCAGGGACUGGGAUGUUGACAGCAGGUUCUGCAGCAUCCCGGACCUUUGCUCAGCCAGCGCCCCUUGUCUUUAUCCAGCUAGUGAACAUCCUGACAACUGGGCCACUUCACGUCUCUGUGAAGCUUAAGCAACAAUAGGCAUUCUUUCUCACUGAAAAAUUUAGGUUUUAGCGUUGGAUGUUUUCAUGGUAGGGAACUCAUAGGCACUUAAGCGGUUCUCAGAGCAUAAAUUUGUAGCUCGUUCUCUGAGGACAGUUGAGCAUUGAAUAAAGUGAGCAUUAC